UUACAAUAGUGUUAUUAGGAUUGGACCACAGUCCAGUUACCUGCCUAUGUCUUGUUUGGUUUUUUUUUCUUGUGACCACUUAAAUCAAGAAGCCUCCAAAUCCAGUGUAAUCAUUCAAACCUGAAGAGAUCCGAGUGGUGUGGGUGGUAGUGAGCUAUGGUAGUUGGGUUCUUUCUUUUACCUUUUCCAUGGGUGUCAUAUCUGAAGAUAAACCUGAAUAAGAGCGCCCUUUCUGGUAUUGAUGUUAAUCACAUUCUUCUCUUUUAGGUUGCCAAGACCUGAUUGGCCCCUUUACAUAGUGGAAAUCUGGAGCUUCUCAUUUUCAGGUUGUGUUUUCAUGAAGGAUUUCUAGAAGACUAGAUGGUUGGAAGAAAGCUUUUCUGUUCUUAGAAUGAAUGGACCUGGGUGCACUUUGUUGUUAUGACAGAAUGGUUGGAAAGGUUGAAGCAACAAUUGAACAUAUUUGUCGCUAUGAAGGGGAAGGAGCAAUUCUUGUAUUCCUCACUGGCUGGGAUGACAUUUCUAAUCUACUGGACAAAGUUAAAGGAAAUGAUUGUCUUGGUGAUCCCAGUAAGAAUUUAGUCCUUCCACUGCACGGUUCAAUGCCUACUAUCAAUCAACGGGAAAUAUUUGAUCGACCACCCUCCAACAUGAGGAAAAUUGUGCUAGCCACAAACAUUGCAGAGAGUAGUAUCACCAUAGAUGAUGUUGUAUACGUCAUAGACUGUGGAAAGGCAAAGGAAACAAGUUACGAUGCUCUGAACAAGUUGGCUUGCCUGUUACCAUCAUGGAUUUCCAAGGCUUCAGCUCAUCAGAGACAAGGACGAGCGGGCCGUGUGCGGCCUGGAUUUUGUUAUAGACUUUAUCCAAAGAUGAUACAUGAGGCAAUGCUCCAGUUUCAGUUAUCUGAAAUUCUCCGGACACCUUUGCAAGAGCUAUGCCUGAAUAUCAAAAGUUUGCAGCUUGGAAAAAUUGGUUCUUUUCUGUCAAAGGCGCUUCAGCCCCCAGAUCCUCUAUCUGUUCAAAAUGCAGUUGAACUUCUUAAAACAAUUGGCGCUCUAGAUGAUAUGGAGGAGCUUACACCACUUGGCCGCCAUCUCUGCAAAUUACCUUUGGAUCCAAAUAUUGGAAAGAUGCUCCUCAUGGGGUCCAUCUUUCAGUGCCUUAACCCUGCAUUAACAAUUGCAGCUGCUCUUGCACAUCGUGACCCAUUUGUCCUUCCAAUAAAUAGGAAAGAAGAAGCUAAUGCUGCAAAAAGAUCCUUUGCUGGCGAUUCUUGCAGUGAUCACAUAGCACUUCUCAAUGCAUUUGAAGGAUGGAAAGAUGCAAAAUGCAGUGGGAAGGAAAGGGACUUCUGUUGGGAAAAUUUCUUAUCACCAAUAACCUUGCAGAUGAUGGAUGGUAUGAGAAAUCAAUUUCUAGAUCUACUGUCAGACAUUGGCUUUGUGGACAAAUCCAAGGGUGCUAUUGCCUAUAAUCAAUAUAGCAAUGAUCUGGAGAUGGUAUGUGCAAUCCUUUGUGCUGGGCUCUACCCAAAUGUUUUGCAGUGCAAAAGAAGAGGAAAGCGAACAGCAUUUUACACUAAAGAAGUUGGGAAAGUUGACAUCCAUCCAGCAUCUGUUAAUGCUGGUGUUCAUCUUUUCCCCUUGCCUUACAUGGUUUAUAGCGAGAAGGUCAAAACUGCCAGCAUCUUUGUACGGGAUUCAACAAACAUAUCUGAUUAUUCUCUACUUCUUUUUGGCGGCAAUCUCAUUCCAAGCGAAACCGGUGAGGGAAUUGAAAUGCUUGGGGGUUACCUUCAUUUCUCUGCUUCAAAGAGUGUAUUAGAGUUGAUACGGAAAUUGCGCAGUGAGCUUGACAAGCUUCUAAAGAGGAAGAUUGAGGAGCCAGGGCUGGACAUUUCGGCAGAGGGAAAAGGAGUGGUUGCUGCUGUGGUUGAGUUACUGCAUAGUCAAAAUGUAUGAUACUAAAUUUUGCGUUCUCCUUUUUGCUCCUUUUUCUUUUUCUUUGGUUUCCUGCAACUGACACACUUAGACUCAGUAACCCUACAAUUUUAUUUUAUUUUUUCUUAAAUAAUGUAUCAGCCUGAAAUUUUUGAAGAUUCUCAUCAAUAUUUGUAUCCAUUAGGAUACCAAGUAAAUCAGGUGAGUAGUUGUAAUGGGUGAUAAUCACAUAAAUAUUAAUAUGUAGUUGAACAAGAGUGUUUCAGUGAUCUCAGGGUUGGGAUGCGAUAUGUGGAAGAUGGGAAAUUUUCAUCAAAUGUUAAAUACUGUUGUUGGGCAAUAUACUAAUCAUAUUAUUUUGCAUGUUA